AUGACUGGAUCUUCUCAAGACGCUUCCUGUAGGUCUGCUCCUAGUUUAGUCCCCUGCAUGUCUAAUCAAUAUUCUUUUUUAAAAAAACCCCCAAAACAAAUAAAAUCCGGAGACGCUGUUCUUUUUCCAUCAGAAACAUUCCUUUGCUGGUUUGGAAGAUGCAAAACAGUGUCUGUAGUUCUUGUGCGCUCAAGUACUAAGCACAGUGAGCCUUCCUGUUGAGUGGACACUUUUAGGGUCGUGCUGUUAAUGUUGUUUUAGCACGUGAAUUUGAAUUAAUGCCUAGACUAUUGUAGAUACAUGCCACAACCUGUAUGUAAGUUUAGCUGGGAAGAAGCUCUGUUGAAUUCAAAUGAGUUUUAUUUCUGAUUCUGCAGUAAUGUGUAAUGGUUACCUUCGGUUCCGCUUCUUCGAAUACUUGCAGUUUCUCCCUCCGCUCCAACAACCCCCCUCUAAAAUGUGUGUUAUGUGUGAAGUAUGAUAUCACACAGACUCAAAAUGAGUCAAGGGACCUUGGUUGUGCAUAAACACACUCCUUAGAGGAUUUAUUUACAAUUAAACAGGAUACAAAUUCUGUUAGCGAGAGAGAGAUAGAAGUUAGUGAUAUUUCUCAUCUUCCCUUUGUACAGAUAAAAACAUACAGUGGUUAUACCAUUUUACUUUCUAUUCUGGCUUUGCACAUAAAUGAUGGUGACUUGAAAAAAAUGAGGAAGCUUCCUUAUAAACUCGGGUCAUGUUGCACAAAUGUAAUAACUAAAAUCCUUCAGUGAAAAAAAGAAAAUUAAUAUACACAGAUAUAGGUGUCUGCUGAAUGGAUAAUUAUUCUUAUUCACAAGUUGUAUGUGCAACAAAAUAUAGCAUCAUGAGAUGCUUCUGAAAAAGUAUUUGAAGAACUCUAUUUAAUACUGCCCUGUAAUAGAUUUCUGCAGGAAAGUAUUUACUACCCAUUUCCCCCCAUGGAAGUUCAUGUAGGGUGGAAUGGGGAAAAGUGAGUAGACAUCAUUAGGAGAUUGGCAUACGUCUUUGGAAGCAGUUUUCCAAAAUAUCUGCCUUCUCAGGAAACAGGCAGAGGGGAGAUAUGUAGUUAUGCUUGAUUCCAAUUUAUCUGUUGGACUAUUUACACACACACACACACACACAGAGAGAGAGAGAGAGAGAGAGAGAGAGAAAGUAUCACAGUAUUUUAAGGCACAUGUCAGUAAUAGGGGAUGGAGCCCACUAAGCCAUUUAUCAGCAGGUAAAUUUAUCUCUCACAUCUAGGCCUUCUGCUGUAGGGUUCUGGAGUGGAGUGCUGCUGGAGGUCUCCCUCAUUCCUUGGCUGUAAACCUGCUCUGGAAGUUGCUCUUGUGAAGACCAGCUCUUCUUCACAGUCCUCUAUGGCAUCUGCUCUUAAGCAGAUUACUCAAGCUAAUUUUGUCCCUUUAAGAUUGACACAGGAGGAUUGCACAGAACAGUACGGCUUUUGUGAAUAUACUGGCUCUGACAUGUGUGAGAAGGUCCAAAAGUUGUUGCUAUGCCAGCACUUGACUUUCCCCAACCAGGAACUGCAGUGUUCUGACUGUGCUGAAACUUUUUUUCUGGUGGACUUUCAGAAAUGUCAACCUAUUUUCACACUUAGGAAUGUGGGUUUAGCUAUAGUUCCUGGGGAUCAUGGUUGAGCUUCAUGACAAGUGGUGCUUGUUUAUGUUUCUGCUGUAAUUAGGCCUUCAGUAUAGUCCUCUCAUGGACCUCUCAUCACCAGAGAAUGCACAUGGAAAAUUACUAGGCCUGAAUUAUUGCCCCUGCCCCCUGCUAUCUCCCUGUAAAUGGAAAGUUAAACAGUGGAGAUUCAACUCUGACAAAGGACUGUACUGUGUGUGUUAGGAAGAGCUCUGCUAAAUCACCCCCAAAGGCCUGUCUUCCUAGUCAAGAAUCCUGUUCCUCAAAGUGGCCAACCAGAUACCUCCUCGAAGCCCACAAACAUGGGCAAAUAACCCUCUCCCACUGCCAUUCAGCAGCAAGUAGUAUUUGGAAGUAUAUACCUUCAGAACAUAGAGGUUUUAUUUAGCCAUCAAGAGUGUUUGCCUCUCUCUAUGUGUUUGAAUAAUCUGUUGUUUAGCAAUUUGACUUUGCUUUAGUCUGUGACGUUGAUAAUGCCUUGUGGUAGUGUUGUUCUUGUAUGAUGUGAGUCUUUGUCUUCUUGUUAGCAGUAUACAUAGUGUUGCCUCUACCACAUCCUUCCUGUGCUGCAAGCUGUCUCUCUCAACAUCUGAUAUGUGGAGGGCCUUGCACUGUGCAGCUGAAUGUGUUGCACCUGUGCUCCUUUCAAAAGUAUGACUUGCAUAUCUGCUUUUCUCCUUGCAGAAAAGACCUAAGUUGAAAGACCUAAGUCCUUACAUGUGAUGUUUUCUGACCAGUGAGACAUACUGGCUGUCCACUACUUCUAGCAUGGCAAUACAUACCAUAAGCUGAAUGGACUGUCUCAAGUGGGACCUUCAGCAAAAUGUUGCAGUGUGUAAUACUUCCGUUGAAGAUACUUCAUUCCCACCUAUUUAUUUGUUUCUACUCCCCAAUAGUUAGCUUUCUGUGGCUGUUGAGCAUACUCAGCCCUCACCUAAUUGUUCUGGAUGUCCCUUGCCUUUAGGGUGUCCCCCCACCAUAUUUUGUACACACUACUGCAAACCAAGGCUACUGAUCUGCAUUGGUUCCAUGUGCAGUGGCACUCAUGGCUUGAACUUCGGUAAAAGAAUGAAUGAUUUAAAUUGUCUUAUUUAUUACAUUUUUUGUCCUGCCUCUUUCAUCCAAGUAGCUCAAGGUGUACAUGAUUCUUUUUUGCAUUUUAUUCUUACAACCCUGUGGGGUUAAGCUGAGAGAGAUGCACCUCAUCUACACUAAACAUUUAAAGCACUAUGAUGCUAUUUUAAACAGUAAUGGCUUCCCCCAAAGAAUUCUGGGAACUGUAGAUUGUUAAGUGUGCUGAAAUUUGUUGGGAGAUCCCUAUUUCCCCUCACAGAGCUACAAUUCAGAGUGGUGUAUCAUUCCCUCUUCCGAGGGAACUCAAGUAAUUUUAGCUCUCUGACCAGAAUAGGGGGUCUCAUGGCAACUCCCAGCAACCUUAAGAAGCCACAGUUCCUAUGAUUCUUUGGGGGAAGCCAUACUGUUAAAAGUGGUAUGAUAGUGCUUUAAAUAUAUGUAUGUGGCCUUAUUGUCAAGGUUAAUGUUCUAACUAGUGGUUUGUUUAUAUUUUAGAUAAACACAUGGAAAAUGGAGGAUGGAAGAAGACAGUUGUAAGUAUAAGGCUUCCCACUCCCCCCAAUAAAGGCAAUGUUAUUGAUAUUUGAGAUAGUUAUAAAAUGCGUAGAAAGACACACUUUGAAUGCAGAAGUAUGAGCUUAGCUUUUAAUACCUUCAGUCAUAAGGGAUGGAAAUAAUUGUACGUUGUUGUUGUUGAUUAAUUCUUAUUAAAUAUUUGAACUGGACAAAUACUAUGAAGGCAUUUCGCCAAAAGGAACUUCUGAAAUAGAUGCUGGCAGCUGCCCGGAUCUUUAUAGCACAACAGUGGAAAUCGUUUAAAAAGAUCUGACUAUAUCCUUAUGGUAUAAAAAUCUCUGGAAUUUAGUUAUUGCAGGAAAAAAAAUAACACAUAAGUUAUACUCUCUAGGGGAAAGAAAGAUCCUGAUCAUUUCUACUCCGUAUGGUGGGGUUUUAUUUCAGAUAGUUUAGUUUCAGAUUUACAGGUACCUCUCCUCAGGUGUGCCUAGAGAAAUACGUAUGUUGUCAUUUUAAGUAGGGUGUUAUUAUUUAACAUAGGUUUUGUAUGCUGUGCCUUUAGUUGGAUAUAUUACUGAGUUUUUGUUAUCGUUUUUCUCCUUGUUUCUAUAAUAAAUUGAAAACUAAUAAAGUUUUCUUUUAAAAAAACCAAAUCUCUUCCUCUGAAGCAUCUCAGAAGUGAUUCCACAAUACAAUAAAAACAUAUAAAAACAAUUGCAGCUAUACAAACUCUUAAAACCAUGGCAUGCAUAAAACCAGUUUCAGAUCAAUACAGAUAACUGGUUGGGAUAAAAAUCUCCACAUAGGAGACCUGUUAGAAAAUUUGUUGCAAGUCUUCAACAGGUGCUGAAAAGACAGUAGAGACAGCAGCUGUCUGAUACGUAACAGGAGUGUUUUGAAAAGGUUUAAGUGCUCCACAUGUAUGAACGCACACUAAAAAUCAAGUAUAAAGUGAGAUAGUAUAGUUAUCUCCAUUUUACAGCUGGGGUGACAGAGGUGGUGAGAGAGCGUGGCUUGUGUUAGGUGCUCAGUAGAAUUCCCAGUGCAGGCUCUGAGCUAGGACUCAGACCCUACCUAUUGACUGCAGCCCUUCCUAUAUUAUAUUUGAUACAUUUUGGAAGAACAUACAAAAUACUCAACUAUCCUUUUACCACAGACUUCAGUGUAAAAAAAAUCCUUGUGAAACAGUACUAUACAUCUGCAAAAGAUUGCCGGAUUGCGAGCCUGAUGUGGGAGAGCAAAAUUGCUGAUUUUCACUGCUCUAGUUUGAGAUGGUUGGAUAGUGUCUUCUGACCAAACUGCGGGAGGCAGUGGAAGACAGAAGUGCCUGGCGUGCUCUGGUCCAUGGGGUCACGAAGAGUCGGGCACGACUAAACGACUAAACAACAACAACAAAGUUCCAGGCUGGCACAGCAGAAUGGCCUGGGAUUUGGUCCAUUGCUGGUGGCUGAAUUGGCUUAGGAUGCAGUGGCUCCUUGGUCUGCUCAGGUCUUGCCUCUCUCUCUGUCUCUGAAACACCCCAUUUCAUGGAGCCAUGCCGGUUACUGACAGCAAAGUUUCUGCUGAUGGUAGCUUCUCCCCUAUCCACAAUAUCAUUGGGUGCAGAGAAAUCUCUUCCACAUCCUAAGCCCCACUCCAGUGCAGUGGAUCAGGGAUUAAGAUUGCUCUCCCUGCUCAUCAUGGCUUUCAGAAAACCAAACAGUGCAUUUUCCGUUUGCAACAUGUGCAACUGUAAAACACUUGUGAAACAUACAUUCAGAAGAGGAGAGAAGUUAAAGCAAAAACACAGAAGUGACUUGUUAGUCUUUUUUAACUCGUAAAAAGGUAACUUAUGGAUGCCAAGAUACGUACAGAAAAGUGUAGAAUUCGCAGAGGUGAGAAGUUUACUUUUGCACCAUUAUUCACAUUCUCCUUAGGGGAGGAAUUCAUUUCUCAGCUUUUCCUCCACUAAAGUUUUGAGCAGCACUUCUGUUUGCAAGUCUUUUGUUCGCUGACAUUUAAUAUUGUGUAUUGUUUCCCCCCACCUGUCCUACUAGAUCUGCAUCGAGGGGAAUAUUGCAAGCGGGAAGACAACAUGCCUGGAUUAUUUUGCCAAAAAUACCAGCGUUGAGGUGAUGUGUUUUGAGAUUUCACACAAGUUUUCUGAUGAUGUUUGAUCUUAGGUCACAUCUGCACCAUGCAUUUGAAGAACAUCAAAAGCAGAUGGCUUGCUUCAAAGAAUCCUGGGAAUUGUGGUUUAAAAGUGCUGGGAAUUGUUGCUCUGUGAGAGGUAAACUACAAUCCCCAGGAUUCUUUAGGGGCAAACAUUGUACUUUAAAUGUAUGGUGUGUAUGACCCAAGUCAGGCUCUAAUCCAAAAUACGUUUAAUGAAGAAGGAAGCCCUGAUAAGUUUCUUUGAGUUAAGCACGCUUAGGAUAUGGUUUCAGAUUUAUCCCUUAAAUUUCUUUGCAUUCAUUCAUUCAUUCAUUCAUAAAUAAAUAAAUAAAAUGUUGGUGAAUUCCAGUAGAUGGGAACUGGUUUUCCUGGAAAACUACACAGAGCAGGGACUAAAAUUGCCUCUAGGCUAGCAAGCGAAAUAGGGAGCUCAGUUGUCACCUAAUGCAGGAGUACAUUACAUUCCACCCCCCCCACCACCCAUAAUCUGCUGCAAAUGGAGUGCAAACACAGGAUCUCUUAUCACAUCUAAAUUAAGCUUUAAUUGUUAAGUGAUCCUGAGUAUCUUGAAGAAGCAGCCCUUAAGUGGCUAUGUUUAGCUUAGAGAAGAGAAGACUGAAGCUGGGACAUGACAGCACUCUUCAGAUUUUUUGUUUAUUUGAACCAUUUAUAUGCUUCUUCUACAAUAGCAUCCAAGCACAUUACAAGAUACGAUACAAAAAAAUACAAUCCAUUAAAACCAUAAAGUCAAACAUUAAUUACAAUGCCUGCUGGAAUAAAAAUGUCUUCUGUAGGUGCCAGAGGUUCACCAGGGGAGGGGCCUGUCUGACCUCAACCAGAAGGGAGUUCCACCAGAACUAACUGCAUGGCUCCUGGUGCUUCCAAGCCACGCAUCUAGCCAUGGGGGGAACACCAACAGUGACUCACCCCAAUCUCCAGAAAGUACAGCCCCUGGAAGGGCUGCUGCAUUAAAGAGGGAAGAGACUGUCUGAAAUGAGAGGAUAUAAUGAGCGUAGAUUACAGGAGGUUAGGUUUUUGAUUGAAGCUUUGUGAUGGUAACAGCGGUUUGAGAAUGGAACCAGUUACCCAGCAGAGGGUUCACUUCAGGCUGAAUAGCCCCUGGAUUUCCAGCAUCAAGCAAGCAGUUGGAUUAAAUAGCCUACAAGGACCUUGUCAACUUUGUGAUUGAAUUAGGAAUUUGGGGAAAGGCUGUAGCUCAGUGAUAGAGCGCCUGUCACUCAAAGCAUGCGGUCAAGCACAACCCCUGCGAAAAAUGCUCCCAUUAUUAAAGCAAGUCACCCAAACUAGCUAAAACUGAAGGCAGCAUCAGAAAAGAAAGAGCCAGAGCUAAUAACAAAUUAAGCAAAACCAAAAAUGUUUUAUCCUUCAUUUUAAUUUUUAUAAAUUUCACACUCAGGUGUUGACUGAACCAGUAUCUAAAUGGAGGAAUGUUCGUGGUCAUAACCCUCUGGUAAGCUAUCUAAUAGCAAUAAUAAUACCAAAAUAAUGAGUUACUGUUGUUUCGUAGGCAUGGUUUUGUUGUUUGAACAUUAUGUGGGUUAUGGUGGUGAUUUGAAACAAAAAUAAACUUCAGCUGUGAUCCUGCUGUCAUAAUGCUGCUGCCUCAGUUGCUUGGUUUAGGAAUGAAAAUUGUUGAAUAGAUAACGUCCCAUGUCCUGCCUUAAUUGUUGCGCCCACUAAAUGACUGUGCCAUUGCUUCAUCUCCUGGAGCUGCUAGUAAAUAUAAUCCAUUUGACAAGGAGAUAAUAAAAGGUAUUAUGGAGUAUGAUAUGCCAUAUGUGCCUAAGGUUGCCCUACUUGGUUAUCUGAAAAAAAUCUGAUUUUGAAUUCAUAGGGAAGGGCUGUAGCCCAGGAGCAGAGGAUCUGCUUUGCAUGCACAAAGUCCCAGGUUCAAUCCUGAGAAUCUCCAGAAAGGACUUGUCUGAAAAUCCUGAAGGGCCAAUAGCAGCUGACAAUACUGAACUUGAUGGACCAGUGGUCUUGCUCUGUAUACAGCAGCUUCCUAUGUUCCUAUGACUUGGAGCUCAUUAUAAUCAGACAUUCCACAGCAGCUCAUUGGGAAUCUUUAAGAGCUCCUCCCGUAUAGCAUUGUUAUGGACCAAGAUGGUUGCUUAUUCUGUCCUGCCUUCUGAGCUCCUUUGGGAGGGAGGCCUGGAAUAUAAAUUUAAUGAAUAAAUAAUAAACCAAGAACUCUUUUAUUUUACGAGCAAAGGAAUCACAAGAAAUAGAUCUAUCUAGAAAUGGAGUUUACUUGUAAAUCACUGAAAUAAUAAUUUCCAAGGUAAUAUUUAUAUAUAUAUAUAUAUCUCCAAGCUUUAUUUUCUGUCAUACGGCUUCACUUUAUUUUGUGAUAAUGCCGCCAGACAUUAUUCUAACAACUAUGAAAAUGCAAUGAAAAUAGUGAGGAAAGCAAUGCUGCUUCUCCUUCUUUCAGGGCUUAAUGUACCAAGACGCAUCCCGCUGGGGGAUAACAUUACAGACUUACGUGCAGCUGACUAUGUUGGACCAGCAUAUAAAGCCAAUGGUGGGUUUUGAACUACAUUUGUUUCUUUUAACACUAGACCAGGAGGGGGAAACCUUUGGGCUCUGGGGCUGAAUGCACAUCUCAAGACCUCUUGCUGGUCCUGCUCUGUGCCUUCCUCAAGAGCUUUUGCCUGGCUGGAAUGUGUCCUUGAAUUGGUUGAAAUGGUUCUUGCUUGGCUGGAUGGAAUGACGCGUAGGAGUGUAAAAACACCUGGUUUUUGCCUGGCUGGAAUGCAGCCUACUGUGCAAAGGUCAGAAAUUGGUCAGCAAGGCCAGAAAUCCAAACAAACAUAUUGUUCUAAAUCCCCAUUUUUGGGAGGCCUGGUUGCUCUCCUUUGGAAAGGCAUUCCGUAAGGUGGGUGCCACCAAUAAAAAGGCCCUGCUCCUGGUUGCGGCAUUUGGAACAAGAUCUCAUAUGAUAUCAUGCAGGAAGAAAUACAUGGAAGAAGGAGGUCCUUAAAAGUUCCUAGGUGCCAAGUCAGUUAAAACCAGCACCCUCAACAGAGUUCUUAUGUUGCUCUGUAGAACGAGAUGCACACCAGACUGCCUGUGGUCUAAGAGGCCCACUAUGACCACAGAUUGGUGGGCAUGAGGGAUGGUGCCCUCUCAGUAGCAGCUCCUUAACUAUGGAACUUCCUUAAAGCCCUUGCCUUUAAGCCCUUAAAUGGACACAGACUAUUCAUUUGCUUCAGGUAGGUUUUUUUUGGGGGGGGGAUAAUAAGUUGCUGUGGUCCUAUAGGUUUCUUUUACUGUAAAAAAAAAAGUAUUGGCUGGUUUUAAAUAGCCAUAGUGUGCUUCUUGAUCUGUUCCUGAUAUAGCUGUUUUUCAUGAAUCUAUGACAUUUCCCGCCCCCCCCAAUAGUAUUGUAUUCUGCCUUUCGUAAUCCAUUUCCUGUUACAGUUUCUGUAUCAGUACUGUGUGGAUGCCCUCCCUUGCGACAGGGGUAAGGAAAUGGCUAAAUGUCUCUUGAAAUCCCUCAAUUUGCAGAUUUCACCCAUUAGAAUGAUGGAGAGGUCAAUCCACAGCGCCAAAUAUAUUUUUGUAGAAAACCUUUACCGAAGGUACAGUACCGAGUGUUUUUUUUAAAUUCUUGGCUUGUGUUUACAUUUUGAAAUGUUAGAACCAUGCUUUUAGCUUAUUGUCUUGCAUUGGGUAUCUGAAAUUUUGCUGUAUUGUGUUAACUACCUCAAUCCAGCAUAGUGUGUUUUUUAUUUGCUGAUGCAAAUGCCAAGUAAAGGUUAAGGUGGAAACCUGCUCCUUUUUAUGUUCUUGAGAUUCAAGAUUGUCAUGUACAAAAUAGAUUCUGAAUAUUUCUGAUGAUCAGGCAUGAUUGCUGUGGCUUUAUGUAGCCAAAAUGAUACCACCCACCCACAUGGAGAAGCUAUGGCAGCCUCAGGGAAAUGGCAAGGUUUGCAGAGGUUCAUACAAAACUUUUAACAGAAAAAUCCUUUAGGGCAGAACUCCUCCCCCCCCUUUAAAAAUACCCCCAGCCCAAUGAGAACUGAAUAGUUUCAGUGGAUACUGAAUGACUAUUGGGGGUGGGUUGGGGUGUUCAUCAGAAAACGGGAUGGGUGGAAUUAGUAAAAUGGAGGAAGGCAUGAUUGGCUAGAAGCCUUAGAAUGGAAGCACUCCACGCUGCAGCAUUUUGUUGCAGGUCUCACUAGUGUAUUCUGAAUAAGGAUACCUGAUGCAAGAACAUGUGUUUCUCAGUUGGAGCCUGCCACCCACAGUGGCUACAAUUGACGUGCAAAUUUUUGUCAGUUCCUUGUGCCAAAAUGUGCAUGCUAGCUGCUAUUGCUGCUGCCAUGCUGUCAUGUGACUCUGUGCUGAACAAGAAUUUAUAUUCCUGCUUGAAAAGACCCCAGAAUUAAUGCAUUUCUUUGGAAGGGGUAAAGGCACCUGCCUGUUAAUCCACAAGGUGGCAUCUGUGCUACAUAGUCUCUUUGCUGAUUUUCUGAAAUGUGCUGGUUUUAUUAUGCAAAAAUAAAUCGGAAAAGUUCAGUGUUUGUCCAUGGUCUGUUGCGGGGUGGGGGUGGGCGAAUAACACUUGCUAUUUCGUUUGCAUGUUAAAACAUUCAUUUGCAUUGCUUUUUAUAUAUUGGGCAGAACAUGCAAGCCUGCUGACAGUCUUGUGUGAGCUUAGAGUCUGCAGAUAUUAUUACUGUUUUCAAAAUUGCCUUAAGAGAGUUGGCAGGGCCGGCUCUACCAUUAGGCAAAGCAAGGCAGCUGCCUCAGGCAGCAGAUGCCAAGGGGCAGGCAACAACCGUAAGAUGUCCGAGAACAAUGUUGUGAAAGCCUCACAGGCUUUGUUAUACCUCAUGAACUAGCCUACUGCCCUUGGGUGCAGUGCAUGUGCUCUCCUAUCAUUAGAAAGAUUUAACUACCUGUCCCUUUGGCUUGUGUACAUUGAUUUUUAAGGGGAUGGGGAGAGAGUUGUGCUAUCUUGUCUGCCUCAGGCAGCAAAAUGGUCUUGAACUGAGGAAUGGCCUGUUUAGCGUUCGUGUGUUUAACUUCAGGAAAGAAGUAAUGGAUUUAUUGGAUUCAGUGCAUCAGGCUGCAAUGCAGAAAACCUAAUGUGUUUUAAUCUUCCUUUAUGCUUGAUUCAGAAGCUGCAGGUGAUGCAGAAUGCUGCAGUACAAUAGCUGACAGGAGUGAGACCCUGUCAGUGCCUGUGCUCAGAGACCUGCACUGGUGGCUAGUUAGGGCUAGCCUGCUAGACUGCUAGCAGGGCAAGGUCAAGCCCUAACACCUUGGGACCAACUUACCUGAGAGAUUGCUUUACCCCAUAUAUGUCAACUGGGAUUGCUUUGAUCUAUGGAACUGGCUGUGUUGCAGGUGCCACAGAAUGCUUGUUCUGCAUUUGUAAGAACUUGACCUUUUCAUGUGGCAGAACCCUCCCUUUGGAACUCCCUGCCUAUUGAUGUCAGAUUUGGCACCAGCUAAAAACAUUUUUGUUUAGACAAGGCUACCUAGAUAUGUAGAAUAUUAAUGUGUUUUAAUCUGUGUUUAGCUUAUCACUCAUUUUAAUCAUUAAUGUUUGGAAUAGCUGUUUUUACUGAUAAUUUUAUUGUUUUACUCUUUUCGUAAACCUCUUUGUUUGUCUGGUGUUUUUUUUUAAAAAAACUAUUGAGUGAUAAAUAAGUUUUAUGAAAUAAACAGUGAAAAUCAGCAUUUCAGCCAAAGAAUAUUUAAGGCUUUUGAAAGGGAUAGAGGAUGACUUAAAGAUGAAGAGGAUAAAAACCCUAAAAUUACUCCACACCACCUCCAUUUGUGGAUUUUGAAACACAAAUUGUGUAUAGUUGCAGAUAAUAUUGUUUUCAGACCUGUUUGAAAUCAAUCCAGUGAAUGUGUUUGAUACACCAGUCAGCUUGUAUAGAAAUAUUUUGGCUCGUUUGUGAUUUGGUUAGAAGUCAUUGCUGGUUUACAGUGAGGGUUUCCAAGGAGACAGAUGCAAAUUGUGUGUGUGUGCGUGUGUGUGUUGCCUCAGGAUGGCACCAUCUGUUGUAUAACAGUGAAAGCUCUCUUUAAAAAUAUUUUUUAUUUAAGUUGCACAGCUCUGUACAUUUCCCGAGAUAUAACCAUAUUAUGUGUCUCUUCUUUACAGUGGGAGAAUGCCGGAGGUGGAUUACGUGGUAUUGACAGAAUGGUUUGAGUGGAUCAUAAAGAACAUGGAUGUUUCAGUUGAUCUGAUAGGUAAAGUGCUUAUGCUUUGGAAGCCGCCGCCCCCCAUCGCUUUCUUUGCCUCCAGGUUACUAGUUGAGCUGGCCAGAUGUGGUAGCAUUUUAGGCUUACCUUCUGCCAUCAACUAUCCUGUGGGAAGGAUUCUUGGAGAGAGAAGGGCAGAGGUAAAGGCCACCUCUAAGCCUCCUGUACCUGAACUUUCCUCUCAUCCCACCAGGAUCACUGUGAAGCGGGAGGGGUGGGGGGAGAAGACAUUAGGGCCUGAUCCAGGUGAACUCUCCCUUCCCUCCUCCGCUGCCCUGUGAGAAGCAUUCUGACAUUUUACGUAUUGAUCUUAUUCUGUUUGUGUUUGAUAAAAAUAUAGUUUAAUGCUACUUGUAAACUGUAUUCUUGACGUUCUCUAGAUUUGUAAAACACUGAAAAGCCUAUUUAGACAUUAAGUGAUAUUAAGUUAAUAAAUAAUAAUACAAGUGACUCUCAGCUUGUGCGGGGAUUAUGUUCCAGGGGAUAGUGCAGAGAGCCAAAAUCCCGUUUAGUCAAAAUACAUUGGGUUCAAAGUCAGAUGCGAUUGCCAAAGUCUUUUUUUUCUUGGAUGCCUGCCCCAUUUGUAAAAAAAUAAAUAAAUUGCCAAAUGCGUAAAGCUGAAUGUGCACAAGUUAAACGUGUGUAAACUGUGAGAUACCUGUACUAGAUUUGUAAAUGAGAUACCCGAUAGGCUGGGUGUAGGUUUUUUCCUGAACUCUAAGCCAGAAACGUAACUCAUCUCCGAGCCUUCAAGAGCAGGACGGACAAUUCAAAACCCCUUUCUUUUUCUUUUAAAUGAUAGUUUAUCUACAGACCUCUCCUGAGACAUGUUAUGAGAGACUGAAGAGAAGAUGCAGGGAAGAGGAAAAGGUUAUUCCUAUGGUAAGGAGGGAGUCUUCCAGCAUUUUGGAAUGAACUCACCCAAAGGGCCUUUAAAGGCUAACCACACCAGAACUUGGCAGGGUGGAAGAAGAAUGGAAAGAAAAUGAAGCCUUAGUGCAAGGUGUGCGUUCUCUGUGCCGGAGGUAUCAGUCUGGAAGUUUUUUCCAAGUCUAUUGCUCCUGUGAUCUUGACAAGAUUCCAUAACGCCCCCUCCCUCAACUUAGGAGUUAGGCUUGGAUAAAAUGAGAGGCUUUCCUCAAGCCAGAUUGCUGCAUGGGAGAGAUCUGUGGGGAUGGAUGUAAUGUGCCUCUGUAGAAAGGGAAUUCCACAACUUAGGGGCUGCUCUAGAGAAUGUCCUUUAUUGUCUCCUCCCACACAAGCUGCUGAGUGUGGAGGAACAAUCAAGAUGGCUGCCUCUGCUGACUAGCACCCAAGAGUGUCUGUGGUGAAGGAGGUGGUCUUUCAGAUAUUUGAGGCCUGAGUCGUUGAGGGCUUUGAACACCAAUGCGAGCACCUUGAAUUGGGCCUGGAAACAGUGCAGCUGUUUUAAAGCUGAGCUUAUAUGUAAACUAAAAGGAACCCCGGCCUGUUAUCUGGCUGCUGCAUUUUGGACCAGUUGACAUUUCCGAGUCGUCUUGAAGGGGAUCCCCACAUAGAAUGCUUUGCAACAAACUAGUCUCGAUGUUACCAGAGCAUGGAGUACAGUGGCCAGCUUUGAGUGUGCAGGGGAGGGGGAGGGGGGUUCCCCCACUUGCUUUGAUGGGGAAUGGAUGAAGAGAGGAACACCCAUUGCUGGCAUGCAGCUCCUAGGAGUCUAAACAGGCUGAAAAAGAUUCCCCACCUGUGUCCUAGAGUUUUGUGUCUACUGCAUGAGUGGGGGAAUUUUUUCCCUUUCAUGGGACACCUUCCAGAGGCUGCAUACGGAUGUUGGGUGUGGCCAGACAAACACCACUCGUCGGCCUCCAUCCAAGAGGAUUAUCGUACCUCCAGGGACAUUCCAGCCUAGAAGGGAGGGCACAGAACAGGGCUAGUGAGGAGGAUGGCCUUGGCCAAAUAAAGGGCUGGAUAAAAAGGCCCGGAGGGCCGCAUUUGGUUCCCCGACCUGAGGUUCCUCAUAUAUUGUAAAGAAAACAAAAUAUUUUCUCCUUUUUCGGACAGGAAUAUUUAGCAGCUAUUCACCAGCUCUAUGAAGAGUGGCUCAUUAAACAAACAAUGUUCAAAGUUCCUUCGCCGGUUCUUGUAAGUAUAUAUUAAUGUUGAGUUUUUAAGCCAACCCCUUCCUUUUUGGGGGUUUAAUGCCAGCACACACACCUUGCCCAGCCCAGCCCAGCUGACCUUCCAGGGCUUUUCAAGCUUUUGACUGACUCUCCAGGAAGCUGGAGAAAAUUUCAUUUGAUGUCUGCAGUGAGCAGUGAUGUCUGCACUUCCUUAAGUCUUUAAAGCCACCCUAAAUGUUAGCAUCAAUACAAUGUUUAAUGACAUCACCCACAGCUUCUGAAUGACACACUUCAAAUGUUUGGUUUCUUUUCGAAGGUGCUUCAGGCUGACCACGACCUACAGGAUAUGAUGGAAAAAUACGAAGAGAAUCAGGACCGAAUAUUAACCCUUUGCACCAGGCAGCAUUGUGUAUAG